CCUAAAUUGUAUCCAUCAGUGGUAUGGAGGUAUUUGAGAAAAUUCGAAAGGUAGCACAAACAUCUUUAUUUUGUUUGCCAAGUUUUGCAGCUAAUUAAAAUAGUUCAAAACACAUUGUGAACGAAGUGGACUGCACAGAAGAAAAAUAUUUGAACGGUAAUGGUGAUAUGUGUGUAGUGUAUACUUUAAAAGCUAUUAGUGAUGUGUUAUUUUUAAUGGGAUGCAUUUAAUUUGAUAUGUAUUGUAUAUUAUCUAUUGUAUGCAGGAUAAAUAUUAUAGUUGCUUUAUUGAUGAAUAAAGAAAGAAAAGAAAAGAAAAGAAAAGAAAAGAAAAGAAAAGAAAAGAAAAGAAAAGAAAAAUGUUUCAAACAGCCUCAUGUACUUAGAAGCAGGAGCUGGCAUUUAACCAGCCAUAUCAUUAAACAGGGCGACAUUGCCCCCUGUUGGUCAGGCCGCUGGUUGGUAAGUGCAUCGUUGCUAGGUGAAAUAUAUCAGUCACUGAUUGGCUUCGCUCCUCACUUCUAGCCAAUCAACGCUUCGUUUGUAGCGACGUGUUUUCCGUUGGUGAAGCGUCUAGAUACCUUAACCUGAAACGAACCAGCCUGUUGAGUAUAGUUAGCUAGCGCAUUUUGCUUUAUCGCUACAGGACCGAUAAUUUGAAAGAUAUGGCCAUGAGAAGUAAACUGCUCUAAUGUUGUUUAAAGAAUACACGGUAAACAAGUUAAGCUGUUUGCUUUUGCCAAAACAAUAACUUUGCCAGAGAAGGAAGGAACAAAAACAUAUUUUCCACUAUGUUAAAAUUCAGCUUCAGGAGGGAGAAAGACAAGGAGUUUAGGCAUAUAGCCCCUGGUUUGAUCCCUGCUGCCUCCAUUGCUCCAAAGCCUGCUGUGCCUCGUACCCCACCCCCCCGUAGCCCAGACCCCUCACCUGAGAGACCCAGAUCAGCAUUAGCAGCAGCCAUCUUGUCUUCUUCACUCACUGGACAGACAUGGGCCAUCCCACCUGCCAGACCAAGGUCUUUCUCUGAGAGUGAUCGAUCAGAGUCCUUCAUAUCUGAACCAAACAUAAGAAAAGCACUUUACACCAGAGACAGAUGGUCAGAGGAUUUGGCUAGCCGGCCACGCUGGUCCUCUCCUGACCACUCAGAGGAGGAGCUGGAAGGCAAGGAAGAGGAGGUAGAGAAUGAAGAGGACAGGGAAGACCAUAUCUACCAAACACUGGAAAGAGGGGAGACUAAUUCAAUCACAGAGCCUGUUUAUUCUCUGCCACUAAAACCUAAGACCAGAACGCCCCACCCAACUCGGAUAAUUGUCAGAAGAGCACCGUCUCCAGAUUUCACAGAGGAAACCAGUGUCCAGUCUCCUGAACUCAGCUGUGAUUCAUCUGAGAAGAAAGCCUCUGGCAGGAAGAGCUCUGGCAGUCGGAAAGAAGAUGUACCAUCUGUGCUACCCCUCCUAACCAUUGACCACCUCAGCCAAGCCAGCCAAGCCAAAAACCCGAAACACCCCACCCAGCCAUCUCCAGAUCCCAGCAAAGCAGACAGUGAGGUGCAGAGGGAGGCAGUACGGGCCCUGCCGAAGAAAACAAGAAUGGCUGAUGAACAAAAGCUACUGGAAGAGAGACUGCAACGACUGGAACAGGAGAUCAGUCACAGCCAAGCCUCCUCAAACCUGAGGUCAUCUGCAGGCAACCAGGCAGAGCUACAGAAUUUGAGGCAGCAUGCUCAGGAGCUGGUGGAUGAAAAUGAUGCCCUCAAAUUGACAGUACACCGUCUGAAUGUGGAGCUGAGCCGCUACCAAACCCGCUUCAGACCGUUGUCCAAACAGGAGAUCUCCAAAAUCAGUGGCUUACCAAAGACAGGGUCUCCUCCUCCCUGGCUGCUUGACAUGAAGUAUUUAUCUCCUCUACUGCUGGCCUAUGAAGACAGGAUAAAUGAGAAAGAUGCACUUCUCCAAACCACAGAGGAGGAGGUGAAGAGGUUGCGUGUUCACGUAGAGGAGGUGAUCAAAGAAAAUGAGAGACUCCAUGAUGAAAUUGCAAAGAUCGGAGGAUUCAGCCUGAAGGACUGUCAUCAACUACGAGAACAGGCUUUUUUGGUUUUGCAGGAGAACCAGGUUUUGGUUGAUCAGCUCGAGGCUCAUCAUGUUAAGGCCAAAGCCAACCACAGCAGACACCACUCUGAAGUAUCCAAGGUGUCUAAGCAACUGAUGUUGUUAGAGGCAGAAAAGCAGCAAUUGCAGGAGGACCUGGAAGAGAGCAGGAGGGAGGUGCAGAAAAAUAUGAGGGAGGCCCAAGUUAUGCAGGCCCGCCUGAAGGAUGCUGUCACCUGGGAUGAACAUUGCACCAUUGCUGGGAAACUCAGAGGGCAGCUGGAGCAGCAGCAGAACAGGAGCAAGAGAGAAGCAGACGAGCUGCUUCUUAGAGUGUCCAGUCUACAGGAAGAGAACAGGCGACUGGCUGUGGACAAUGCCAACCUGACUGCUGAUAUGAAGAGAAUGGAGGCUGAGCUUGAGCUCACCAGACAAGCCAAAAGGAAGGCAGAGAGGAAGAUGAGUGUGUUGAAGCAGCAGAAGGAAGAGUGCUUGUUGAAAGAGGAAAAGAUUCGCCAUUACAUGGAAGCAGUCAUUUCUGUGGCAGAGCACAUUUCCCAGGAGAGAGACCAGCUAUUACGCACGGCUUCAGGUCUUCAGCAAGAAAAGCAGGAAUUCAUCGGGAAGAUUCUGAAUGGCACAGUUCAAUUUGGAAAACUACAGGAACAAGUCAAAGUGUACCGGAGGCAGGCGUCAACCAGACUGGCAGCGUUGGAGGAGGCAGCAGAGGGGAGGACAGCUUCUUACCAGAGGGAGAUCCUUCACCUGCAGAGGCUGCUAAGAGAAAGACAGGAGGCUGAGGAGAGACUACUGCAGUCCAAACGGGAAGUAGAGGAGGAGUUGGAGGUGGUGUGGCAGGCAGCAACCUGGGAAAAUCAGCAGAUGAAGGAGACUCUUUUGGAAUCUAGACUCACUGCGGACCUCCAUGGCUGGCCUGUUUCUGACAGCGCCUCUCUUGGCUGGCCUUCUCAGGCUCCCGAUGAGACCACCUCACCCACCCAGCAUCAGCCUCACAGCUCUGAAGGCCCUGGGCUACAGAGAAGGUCUGUAUUAAAAUCUGACUCAGUCCACCCGAACAGCUCCUUGGAUGAGAAGCAUAAGCAUGGGCUGGAUUUCUAUUGCUAAAACUCUAGGAGCCAUAACCCUGUAGGUGUGCCUGUCCAUUCAUAUCAGGAAAGAUAGCUGGGCUUUUACUGUAGACUAGUUUCAGCCAACGUGUUAACCUACAGACACACAGUAUGCCAGCUUGAGUUUGCUUCACAGAUGAAACAGCUGUGGAUUUGCACCAUGUUUUGUAACAAACUCACAGCUGCUUUAAACACACAGUGUAGUUGUACGUUUCUCAUGUCUCUCUGGUGGAAGCAAACAUGUACAGUUAAGUGGAGUUAUUUAGGGAUGUACACUCAACACUUCAAAACCUAUAAACCUAUAAAGCAUUGAAAGAACAAAAUGGAAAAAAUCUCUUAACAAUGCUGCUGAGCUCUGACAGUGUGGCCAGCAAGACUUUUCAUGAUGUUAUGGACAGUGUGAUUUCCAAAGAUUUUUUUUUCAUGUUUUUUUUCCUUUUUUCUUUUUGUUAAAUCUGUUUUGUCUUUCUAAAUUUGUCUCAGGGUUUUAUAGAUCAUGCCAAGAAAAACAGAUAAACAAGUAAGAGCAAAAAUAAUAAAUAUUUAGCUUGAUUAAGCCUAAAGAACGUUGCCACCUGCUGGACACAUGUGGGAUUGUCACUGUAGUGAUAUUAUACGUGUGGUCCAGAAGUGACAGACAUGGAAAAGCUACAGGUACGCCAUGUGUGUGUCCAGGGGUCAUCCACACACUUUACAAACUUUUUUUCACAGGAAAUCAAACUGACCCCUGCUGAUCAAAAUGACAUUGAGUGAUUUAUCUGGGAGAGAUGCUGUUGAUGGUAUUUCAGAGGAAUUUCCUUGUUUUGAAAAUAAUAAGUACAGAUUAAAAGAGUAAACGUUAGUGUUUACAGACAGAAAUGUACAUAUAUUUAUACAUGCUUGUCUCAAAUUUCGUAGUACUCUUGUUAACUAUCAGUUUAUA